CAACUAGUAGAAAUUUCUCCAGGGUUUUGAGCAAGAUGUUCCCCAAAUUUCCACCUCCAGCCCCUCACUUCUGGGGUCUCGGAUCUCGGCCGCAAUUAGGGCCCUAAAAAACUCCGGCUCCGGGAGCCGGGGGAUGGCCUUUUCGCUGCACGCCCUUGGGGCAGUUCCUUUCCUCUUUAACCUUGAGCCAGCCAAUAGAAACGAAGAUCUGCAGUCUGAGGGCGGGACGUCUCCAGAGAGGCCCAAUGGUGGUUGAGAGUCGCUGAGCGUUUUCCACUCACGCCGCCGAGGGGGCGGGGCCUCCUGCCCGGAGUUGAAGCCGCCCGGCGCGGGCGGGCAGGCGGGCUGCGGGCUGUGAGUCCAUGUGGCGGGGUCUGCGGAGCCUGCCCGCCCGGGCGGCACGUGGGCUUUGCAGACCGUCCACGCGCCGGGGCAGCGACGCCCCGACGCCCGGCUCCGGAGCCACCAUCUUCGCGCUGAGCUCCGGCCAAGGCCGCUGUGGCGUCGCCGUGAUCCGGACUAGCGGUCCCGCCAGCGGAGCCGCCCUCCGGAGCCUUACAGCGUCCGGGGACCUACCCCCGGCCCGCAAUGCCCGCUUGCGCCUGCUCAGCGACCCCCGCUCCGGGGAGCCACUGGACCGCGCGCUGGUGCUCUGGUUCCCAGGUCCUCGGAGCUUCACGGGUGAGGACUGCGCGGAGUUCCACGUGCACGGAGGCCCAGCUGUGGUCAGCAGCGUCCUGCAGGCCCUGGGCAGGGUGCCAGGGCUGCGGCCAGCGGAGGCGGGCGAGUUCACGCGGCGGGCGUUCGCCCACGGGAAGCUGAAUCUCACCGAGGUGGAGGGGCUGGCGGAUCUGAUCCACGCGGAGACCGAGGCGCAGCGGCGCCAGGCGCUCAGACAGCUGGACGGGGAGCUGGGCCAACUCUGCCAGGGCUGGGCACAGGCCCUCACCACGGCUCUGGCCCACGUGGAGGCAUAUAUCGACUUCGGAGAAGACGACAAUCUGGAGGAGGGCGUCCUGGAGCGAGGUGGGGCCUGCCCAGGCCGGGGCGUGGGGCUACCCAAGCUUCUCAACCCCCUAAGUCCCCUUUCUCCCUUCUGCUCCUCCCCCACAGCGGACAACACGGUGCAGGCGCUGCAUGUGGCCCUGGGGGAGCAUCUGCGAGACGCAAGACGUGGGCAGCGGCUCCGCUCAGGAGCGCAUGUGGUGGUUGCGGGACCCCCCAAUGCGGGCAAGAGCACCCUGGUGAACCUGCUCAGCCGGAAGCCUGUAUCCAUUGUGUCCCCAGAGCCCGGGACUACUCGUGAUGUGCUGGAGACCCCCGUAGACCUGGCCGGGUUCCCGGUGUUACUGAGUGACACGGCCGGGCUGCGGGAAGGUGUGGGACCAGUGGAGCAGGAGGGCGUGCGGCGGGCCCGUGAAAGGCUGGAGCAGGCUGACCUCAUUCUGGCUGUUCUGGAUGCUUCUGAUCUGGCCUCCCCCUCUAGCCACGACUUCCUGGACAGUGUUGUGGCCCACGUGGGAUCCCAAAACACCAAUGGGAGCAGCCAGCACCUCCUGCUGGUGCUGAACAAGUCAGACCUACUGCCCCCUGAGGGUCCUGGCCACCAUCCUGACUUGCCCCCUCAUCUGCUGCUCUCCUGCCUGACUGGAGAGGGGCUGGAUGGCCUGCUGGGGGCACUGAGGGACGAGCUGGCUGUAGUAUGUGGGGACCCAUCCACAGGCCCACCGCUCCUGACACGCGCAAGGCACCAGCACCACCUCCAGGCCUGUGUGGAUGCCCUGGGCUACUACCAGCAGGCAAAAGAUCUGGCCCUGGCGGCUGAAGCACUGCGGGUAGCCCGGGGGCACCUGGCCUGCCUCACAGGGGGAGGGGGCACCGAGGAGCUCUUGGACAUCAUUUUCCGGGACUUUUGUGUGGGCAAGUGAGGAGCGGUGGGCGCUGGGAACACCGUCUAGGAACGGCCAAAGCUCGGGCCCAGGCAGGAUGGAUGUCCAGAAGCCUAGGGGGAUCUGAGAAACAUCUCAGGCCAAGCAGAAAUCUCAUCCAUCCGAGAAAGAGACAGAUCCCAAAGCAGAGACGAGAAGCAGCUGCCAUCAGGAGUAGUGAGCUCCCCGCUGCUAGUGGCAACCAAGCUGCUGCUCUCCAGAACUCCUUACUGGGACUUGCUGGGGGUUCAGGCCCCAGAGUUGGGCUGAGUAGAGGUCCUUUUGGGUGCCAGAUGCUGGGGAAGUCUGAGUGGAGGGGUGAGGAGAUCUCAGUUCAUUUGUUUGACAGUUUUUAAUUUAUUUUACAAAUACCAAAGGAACGUUAAAAGCUCCAGAGAUCCAGAAAAGUUUAAAAGUGGGAAUCUCCCUCACUCCCUCCCUAGAGGUCAUGGCUUAACAUGUACCUUUCCGGAACAUUCUCUACAUGUUUGCAUACUUGUGGAUGCACCUAUAAAAUAUUAUUAGUCUCU